AUGCCACAAGAUCCCAGUGAGGAGCUACUUCCUCCUAAUUAUCAAGACUUUCCAGAUGGAUCCCUUCUUCGGGUGGUUUUUCACAAUUUCCUUACAUACGAGCAUACAUCAUUCAUUCCUACAGCAAGUCUGAAUAUGAUUUUGGGUCAUAACGGAAGUGGAAAGAGUUCUAUCAUUUGCGGAAUUUGCCUUGCGUGUGGAGGAAGUCCUAAAACAUUAGGAAGAUCAGAGAAAAUCACCGAAUACAUCAGACAUGGAUGUCAGGAGGGAUAUGUUGAAGUUGUAAUAGCUGACAACGUGAAAGGACCACAGACAGUUCGACUAACUAUUCGUGUUGGAAAGGCUCCGGAAUACAAACUUAACAAUUCGCAUGCCACACAGAGUGAUAUAAAUGAUCUGAGAAAGCACUACAACAUUCAGAUCGACAAUCCUUGUGCUUUCCUCGCUCAAGAUAAAGUGAAAAGUUUCUCAGAACAAUCAUCAAUUGAAUUGCUUAAAAAUACAGAAAAAGCAGCAUCAGAUGAUCUCGAUCAGAGACAUAGAUCGUUGAUGGAACAAAGAAAAGACUCGAUGACCAUUGAAGAAUUGUGUGCCACAUCAGAAAAAGCGAAGAAACAUUUAGAAGACACCCGAACGAAAAUCAUGCCACUCGUUGAAAAUUACAGAAAGAAAAUGGCUCUCGAAUCGAAACUUCGACUUCUGGAGAAGAAAAUGGCUUGUAUGGAAUUUCAAGAGGCUGACGAAGAGUAUGCGAAAGAGCAGAAAAUCGCGGAUAAUGCAUUGGUGGAGUAUCGUAAAGUAGAAGCGAAGAUCAAAGCCAGUGCAGACGAAAUUGAGAAACUGGAAGAGCGAAUUAAUAAAGAAGCCAGGGCGAUUGCUGGAACGGGAAAUUCGGCAAGAGAAAUUUUGGCUAACUUUCAAAGUAAAUCAGACAAACAUAUGGCUGAAAACAUGCUUGCCGAUGCGAAAUCCAAAUUAGAUCGUGUGAAAAAAGAGGCAGAAAUCCAUAUUAGGGAAGUGGAAAAACGACGUAACGCUAUCGAAGUUGCUGAAACAAAAUGGAAGGCAGCAUUGGACGAUCUUAAUGGCUACGACGAGUUUAUGAUUGAGAACGAUCGUUCUGAAUCUGAAUUCACGGCGAUCGAACGCGAGCUUAACAAAGAGGAGGAAAAGAUUCAUCACAAAAAAUAUGAAUUGAGCUCUCUCGAAAGAAGGAGAGCAGGAGAGGGCAAGGCUUCAAAAGACAACAGAAAUGAGCGAUGGAAUAUGCUUGAUCAAUUAAGUUCCGAUGCAGGAGAAGCUUGGGAUUGGUAUAAAAAGAAUCAGUCGAAGUUCAAAGGAGAAAUUUAUACACCUUUUAUGAAUAUGAUUCUCAAAUCACCGGAAGCGGCGAAAAUCCUUGAAAAUUCUAUUGGUAUGCGCGAUCGUUCAAUGUUCGUCUGUCAGUAUAAGGAGGACGAAUUGCUCAUUAAUGGAAAACAACCAUGGCGUAUCAAUACAACUGUUGUGACUGCUGAAAAUGUUUAUGAAGAUGAACUGAACGAAGAAGUUCGUCCCGAUCUAAAAGAUCUUGGAUUCAAGUACUUGGCUUCAAACUGCUUCGAAGCACCAGCUCCUCUAAAACAGUACCUGUGCAACGUGGCUGGAUUGAACAAGAUUCCAGUUGGGAGUCUAGAUCUACGCCAAAUGGACAACAUCAACAAGGAGCUUGAACGUUUGCGAGUCUCAGUCUACAUGGCAAAUAAUAUGCGUUUCCAACUACAAAGAUCCAAAUAUGCUAACCGGACGCUUAAUUCACAAUCUGAAAUGCGAGACGCUACGUUCUGGGGACAGGCAUGCUUUCUGAAGUCAAUGGAUGUGAAGAAAGAAAAGGACGACAAGGCUGAGGAAUAUGAGAGAUUGAAAAACGAAAUUGAAUGCAUGAAAGAGGAGCUCAAAGAGAAACGUUACGACAUCACAAAAAAGCGAGAUGCAUUACAAAAGGUCCGAAUGGAGUGGAGAUCAAAGAAAAGUGUCGAGUCAAAAUGGGAGAAUUUCCUGAAGCAGGAAAAAAUGAAACUUCGGAAUUUGGAGAGAGAAACUUUCGAUAUCCAAAAAGCCGAGGAUGACUUUGCAAACGUCGAGGACCAUGUGCUAAAGAAAGUACAAAAGGCAAUGGCGGAGAGUGUAGCCGACCAUAAAGCAUGCAGCGAAAAGUUUAAGGAAAAAGCUCGUCACAACUUCAUCGAAACGUUAUGCAAAAUAAAAUCGAUUAAGCUCAACUCAAAAGCUGAAGAUUAUCGCAGUGAACGCGAAGACUUGAGACAUGUUAAGGAAGCAGCUGAGGACCAAUUGAAAACUGCAUUCAACAGAAGAAAGGCUGCUAAAAACGCUUUGAAGCAGGAAUGUGCAUUGGAGCAUUUAGAUGUGUCAAAAAUGGAUCCAACUGACAAAGAGUUGUACGAGAAGAUGACGAAGCUGUUCAAAGACUCGAACGUUCCAACCGACAAGGAUGAGCUUGAUCAGUGUAUUACUUCGGAGAAAACACGCCUGGCUCUUGUUCAAAACAGUGGUGAAGAUGGUUCAAUUGAGCAUGAGCACCAGUUACAACGUAUCAAUAAGGAAUUGGAAGAGGAAUGCACGAAAUACGAUAAACUGAUCAAAAAUCGUGAAACUGCUCAUCAAGAACUUGGGGAUCUCAUCAGCAAGUGGAGAGAAGAGGUCGAAGAAAUGAUUGAAAAGAUCAAUCUAAACUAUAUCAAGUUCUUCGAAGUCCUCGGCUGUAGAGGAGAAGUUAGUCUGGAGACACCAGAGAAUUGCUUAGACAUCGAGAAAUAUGGAAUUAUGAUUAUGGUCUGCUUCCGAAAAGGAGAAAAUAUGAAACGUCUCGACAAUAGGGUUCAAUCUGGCGGUGAACGAAGUGUCGCAACUAUGCUUUAUCUUCUCGCUCUCCAACAACUUUGCCCGGUUCCAUUCCGAUGCAUUGACGAGAUUAAUCAAGGCAUGGAUCCAACAAACGAAAGAAAAGUUUUCGAUAUUAUGGUCGGAUUGUGGAAUGGAACGAGUGGAACUCUCACAAAGACUCAAUACUUCUUACUCUCGCCAAAACUACUCCACGGACUGGACAUGCGUGAUAACGUUAAUGUUGUUAUGGUCAACAGCACUCUGACUGCUGAUCAUGGAGAUCGCUUUGACACACUUUCGAAAAUUCGCAAUACAUUUGCCACUCUUGGAAUUCAAUCAUGA